ACAUUUUUUCGCCCUUCUGGAAUUGGGCCUGGAUAUCACAGAUGAAGUCAUGUCCCACCCAACAAUUGAGAUCAUGACUACCACAUCCCUCGACAUGAUGCUUUUUGAUAAUGACAUUAUAUCCUAUAAUUUGGAGCAAGCACGUGGACUCUGGAGAUGCUAGUCACAACAUCAUAACGAUUGUCAUGCGCGAGCUUGACACGGACAUGAAUGGCGCCAUGUUAUGGGUGGCAGAUCACCACGUGGAAACCCAGAAAAAGUUCUUGGAGGCGAUGACAGUCGUUCCGAAAUGGGGAGAGCCCAUUGACUCGCAGGUGAGAGAGUACUGUGAUGGCUUGGGAAACUGGGUGCGCGCAAAUCAUGAGUGGAACUUCGAGAGCGAGAGGUACUUGGGCACAAAGGGUCCAGAAAUUCAAAGUCAAAAAUGGAUGUUGCUGAUGCCGAAGGACUGCUUGAAAGAUUCUAAAGAGAUUGGACCUGUGAUUGUUGAUCCCUCUUUGUUAUAGUAUCACUAUGAACUUGAAGUCGUGUGUAGUCUCACAUACCUAUGUAUAUCUCACAUGUCCUCUCCUUAGCUUGUGC